CUCGGAGAAGCCACCUCUGUCGAGCGGCAGCAGAAAGUCACGACUGUGAGAGGUCGCUUCGCCACAGCAACCAUGAAGCUCUUCGUCGCUGUCGCCCUCAUCUCUCUGGGCAUCCACGCUGAAGCCUUCUACCCUGGCUUUUACCAGUCUGGCCUCUACGGCGCUGGCUUCAGCGGUGCUGGCCUGUACGGUGGAAGCUUCGGCUCUGGUCUGUACGGGGGUGGUCUCCUCGGCUCUGGAUUCUACGGCAGCAGCUUGGGAAGCUCUGGGCUGCUUGGCUUGAACGGUCUGGGCUAUGCAGCUUCUGGCCUCCUUGGCUCUGGUUUGUAUGGCACUAGCGUCCUCGGAUCCCGCUAUGGCGUUCUUGGCGGACUACUGGGAGGAGUUGGUAGCCCCCUCGGAGGCCUUAGCCCCCUCGGAAGCCUGGGCCCAUUCGGAAGCCUUAGCCCCCUCGGACGCCUGAGUCCCCUCAGUGGCCUUAGCCCCCUAGGAAGUCUUAGCCCAUUCGGAAGCCUUAGCCCCCUCGGACGCCUGAGCCCUCUCAGUGGCCUUAGCCCCCUAGGAAGUCUUAGCCCGUUCGGAAGCCUUAGCCCCCUCGGACGCCUGAGCCCCCUCAGUGGCCUUAGCCCCCUAGGAAGUCUUAGCCCAUUCGGAAGCCUUAGCCCCCUCGGAGGCCUUAGCCCCCUCGGAAGUCUGAGCCCAUUGGGAAGCCUUAGCCCACUCGGAGGGCUCGGAAGCCCGUUCAACGGUCUCGGAAGCCCGUUCAGCGGUCUGGGAAGCCCGUUCAGUGGUCUCGGAAGCCCAUUCGGUGGCUACCCCGGAUUCUUCGGUGGACCAGGAGCCACCAGGAAGUUCCCCGGCGACCUCCGCGUCAUCACCGAACCCACCUCUGGCCUUCCCCUGAAUGAUGCCGUCUACGUCGGUGUAGUGCGCCAGCGUCUGGUCCCUGCUCCAUAUCCCGUCCCACGACCGGUGCCAUACCCAGUUCCACAGGCAGUGCCGCAGCCAUUCCCAGUCGACCAACCUGUCCCGCAGCCCUUCCCAGUUCCGGUUCCAGAGCCAGUACCAAUUCACACUACGACCGAAGUGACCAACACUGCAGUGAUUGAGCCCGUCACAAGUGCAGUUGUUUCUCACCACGGACCCCAAGUGAACCAGGUACAAAGCCACGUUCCACUGUAAGCGUUGAUAACCUCAAGAAAAUUUUACGUCGUAUAAAAACGAGAAAAUCAUGCUUUGCAAAUGUAUCUGAAAUAAAGAACAAUCUAUCGGAUUCAAAUCAA